CACACACACACACACACACCAAGAGAUCGAGAAACCAAUCGAGAGUGCAGCCUGAAGCAAGUUAUAUACACUCCAGUUAGCUCAGAGACCGUCGUGAUAGUCAUGGGGUGCCAUAUUAGUCCGUCCAUAAAGGGACUUGUUGCUACGUUCUCCAUCCUCCAGGUGUGCUUGAUCAUCUGUGCCGCCGCCGCUGCCCCGAGCAAGAUGGUGAGGCUGGUGCCGGCGAUGUACGUGUUCGGGGACUCGACGCUGGACGUGGGCAACAACAACUACCUGCCGGGGCCGAACGUGCCCAGGGCCAACACGCCCCUCAACGGCGUCGACUUCCCCGGCGGCGCCCGGGCGACGGGGCGGUUCAGCAACGGCUACCACGUCGCCGACUUCAUCGCAAUGAAGCUGGGGCUGAAGGAGAGCCCGCCGGCGUAUCUGUCGCUCGCGCCACGCCCCACCGCCCUGCUCCUCAGCGCUCUCGCCACAGGUGUGAGCUAUGCUUCUGCCGGAGCCGGCAUCCUGGACUCCACCAACGCGGGGAACAACAUCCCACUGUCGAAGCAGGUGCGGUACAUGGAGUCAACCAAAGCCGCCAUGGAGGCCAGGGUGGGGAAAGCCGCGGCGCGCGUCCUGCUCUCGAGGUCCUUCUUCCACUUCAGCGUCGGCAGCAACGACAUCUCCGUGUUCGCGGCCGCGCAGCCAACGGGCGACGUCGCCGCGCUCUACGCCAGCCUCAUCUCCGGCUACUCCGCCGCCAUCACGGACCUGUACGGCUUGGGCGCGAGGAAGUUCGGGAUCAUCAACGUGGGGCUGCUGGGCUGCGUGCCGGCGGCGCGGGCUCUCAGCGCGACUGGCGCGUGCAACGACGGGCUCAACCAGUUGUCAGCCGGCUUCAACGACAAGCUCAGGUCCCUCAUGGCCGGCCUCGCCGCCCGGCUGCCGGGCCUCGACUACUCCCUCGCCGACAACUACAACCUCUCGCAAGUCACCUUCGCCAACCCAGCGGCAUCCGGGUACGUGAACAUAGACAGCGCGUGCUGUGGGAGCGGGAGGAUGGGAGCGGAGAGCGACUGCCUGCCUAACUCCACGACGUGCGCCGACCACGACCGCUUCGUCUUCUGGGACCGGGGGCAUCCCUCGCAGCGCGCCGGAGAGCUCAGCGCCGCCGCAUACUUGGACGGAGCGGCCGGGUUCACCGCGCCCAUCAGCUUCGAUCAGCUGGCCCGCAAGAUUUAGCUACCUAGGUCGGCAUGCACUCCACACGCGCAUGCUACUCGUGCACUCCACGCGUUCAUCCACUUAUUUUCUUUACAGAUAUAUAUACUACUCCCUCCGUCUCAAAGUAAGUGACUCAACUCUAUACAAAGUUAAGUCAGUUAUUUUGAAGCGAAGGGAGUAUAAAGCUACUACUAGUAGAUUGAGAAUUAGCCACGCAACAGAGUGAUUCAGAGUGUCUGAAGGCGAAAUAUGUGUAAGCACAGUAAGGAACCUGUCUGGUUCUGAUGUUGCGCAGGGAAGAAUAAACAACACUAUAGUAACAUGUUAAAAUGUUAAAUGAUAAGGUCAAUAAAGCGGAAUAGAAGUCUCUUGUCAACGUCA